AUGAUGCUACCACUAUACGCACUCUGGGUACUUCCCCUGGCGAACGCAUGGACCUUCAGCUACACCAACUCAAGCGAUGCUACUGAAAUCGCCCGUGGCCAAAAGGCACAGAACUGCACAACUUCGCCCCUCGGAAAAGACAAGCCGUUUUCAUGGGAUCCUGAGGAAUCCAAUCUAUGUCUCUCCAUAUACCGCGACACCAAGUGUGAUUCCAGGGCGGGAUAUUCAUGCGGAGCAUGGAGGAAGACUGCCAGUAAUGACUUUUCGGCUUUCGAUGUCAAGCUUGAGCGGGAUAUUUAUAACGAAGAACAAGCCUCUACGGCCGCUUCAACAUCGACCUCUACAUCGGCGACAUCCACAUCCACAUCCACAUCUUCGUCUGCAUCUUCGACAUCCGAAUCCGCAACCGCAACCGCAACCCCCACCGAGUCCGCCGCAGCGUCUGCAGCCAAUGCCAACAGCGGCUCCUCUAACACAGCACUAUCCGGUGGUGCCAUUGCAGGCGUUGUGAUUGGCGUCGUGGCCGGUGUCGCCAUUAUUGUUGCAUUGGUUUUCAUCUUCAUGCGAAAGAGGAACAAGAAGAUCGUCGCUGCUGCUAACCAGCACGGUGGUUACGGACCCCAUGAGGCGGAUGCCACUGCAUCGUCAAUCAGUGGUACUACAGCGGUUACGGAGAAAACAUUAGAAAAAGCGCCGCGCCCAUUCAGACCUCCCCCUGGAUCUCAUGUUGUUGAGUUGGUUGGUGAUGAAGGGAGUGCUGAGCUGGGCAGCAGCCCAAUCAGUGAGAUGGAUGGGAGCAGCGUCAAGCGGGAUUUUAAUCGGUUCUAA